AGGCAUACUCAUUUUCUGCGUAUUUAUGUUAAAGAAGAAGGUUCUACAAAAUUUUCGGAAAAAAUUUGGGAUUGCUUCUGUAUUUUAAUAUGAACUAUCGGGGCAGGAGUAUGGUAAAAAAUGGUAUAAGCAUCUCGCGUCUCGGGAAGGAAUUACCACAGUCGCUCGUCUUCGACGCUGUUAACGAUUCACACCUGGGUGGUAAUCUCGUAUUUUGUAAACAACUGUAGCAUUCGUUAACAAGAGAGAAGGAUGACGCCUUUCACAGAUAUUUCUUUAAAUUCUUCAUUUUAUCAGUCGGCUAUGAUUGACGUAUCAGGGCGAUUCGUUCAGAUUCAUCUAUUCGGUAUUGUUCGGGCGUUAUGCGAGUUUCUAAAGAAUUUGACAGUGUUAUAUAGUGGUAGAUAAACUGCAAUUAACUAAUUUUCAUGCUCGUUUCGAUAAAAUAAAAGUGUUCGUAGUGUUUGGUGUACAAACUUCAUCUGUUUGAAAUUUGAUUCAAGGGCCUCCUCGGUUUCAAGUGGUGUCGAAUAAGCACUGUAAUACAUUUUGAUUAUGACAUCGAUGCUGUUUAGCUAAGGAGGACCGAAUUUAAGGAUAAUGGAGAUGGUCUGAAUCUCACUUGUGGAAAGGGUCUUGUUUCCGACGAGUAGAAGAUGAGAAAAAUGAAAGAAACCUUUUUAAGAAAACACUUGACAUCCGAGAAGUCGUAAAUCCGUUUGGUCGACAGAACAUUUCCAAAAUAUUUAUGUAAUUUGUCAGAAAAAUAAAAUGAGAAGUAAGAGAAAGUCGAUAUUUGCUCACAAGGGGUAGACUGCAUUCGCUACAAACAAACCUUCCUCGACUGUUGAUAUCUCUACAAGAUGGAAAUUGAUAAAUUGCUAAUAACUUGUGCCAUCAAACCCAAUUGGAUACGACAAAGCUACGUAUCGGAUUGUAAAACCUCAAACUGCAAGGGCCGAUAGGUGAAGAUGAAAUUAAAAGAAUCCGGUGAAUGGUCACGAAGCUCUUAAGGAUGCCCGAGAAGGCUGAAUGGAGGUUUAUUCAAUUUUGGUGACGUCAUGCGUGUGCCACUCGAUAUUGCGGGACAUGUUUUUAAAUUCGUCUCUCAAAUUUUUCGUGCUUUGUGGCUGUUGAUUGUUGUUGUGUGUUUGUGGAACGAUUUCGCGGUCUCGGUUUCGGUUCAUAAGUACAGCACACGCGUCGUUAACACGAAAUACGGUCCUUUACGGGGUGUCAUUGUGCACAGUCAUCCACCAGUCGAAGCUUUUCUCGGGGUGCCCUAUGCUACACCUCCCGUUGGAAGCCUGCGAUACAUGCCCCCGGUAACGCCAUCCCUUUGGAAAAAUACUCGUCUGGCAGACCGAUUUAGUACAGUGUGUCCGCAAAAACCUCCUGACAUAGGAAACCGCACCGAGGCGCUGUUGGAAUUCCCUCGGGGCAGAUUGCUUUUCCUUGAAAAACUUCUCCCCUUGCUGGCUAAUCAGAGCGAGGACUGCCUUUACCUUAACGUUUACGUGCCUCGCCAAGUUUCCGGCGAAGAGGAAACGGAAAAGCUGCCUUGCAUUGUCUACGUCCACGGAGAGAGUUACGAGUGGAACUCCGGAAAUCCGUACGACGGAACAGUUCUCGCAUCCUCUGGCAAGGUUAUUGUGGUCACGAUAAACUUUAGACUGGGAGUGUUAGGUUUUGUUAAAACGGGCGCGAAGGGAAGUACACAGGGAAACUUUGGUCUAAUGGAUCUUGUUGCGGGUCUACAUUGGCUCCGAGAAAAUUUACCGGCAUUUGGCGGCGAUCCCGAGAGAGUGACCUUAAUGGGACACGGGACUGGGGCAGCUUUAGUGAAUUUCAUUGCUGUGUCCCCCGUUGCGAAGGAAUUGCUUCAUAGAGCCAUUCUUCUCAGUGGAUCCGGUCUUUCACCGUGGGCAAUGCAAAAGGACCCGCUAGCGGUAAAGCGUCAUGUAGCUGAACAAACAGGUUGCCAUGGAGAUUUAGUGGAUGAUGAUCUGGCCCCAUGUCUCAGGAUGAAAUCGCUAGAACAACUGUUGGAAGUUCAAGUAAAACCACCGAGAUUUCUUCCGGGUUUCGCUCCGUUCGUUGACGGUACCAUUCUAGUGACACCCACAGCACCUCCACCACCGAGCAGUUCCACGACGAUAGCAACUUCGUCGGGUUAUGAGUUGGCCGAUUUCCCAGAGAGGGACCUUCUUUUCAGUUUGACUACGACCGAGUCGUAUUUGGACCUGAGUGCGCAAGACUUAGAGUUCGGUUUUAAUGAAACGCGUAGAGACAGAAUAUUAAGGACGUAUGUGAGGAAUUCGUAUUAUUUUCAUUUGAAUGAAAUUUUUUCGACUCUAAAAAAUGAAUAUACGGACUGGGAAAAGCCAACGCAAAAUCCGUUAAGUGUUCGGGACGCAACGUUAGAGGUGCUAAGUGAUGGUCAUACUGUCGCGCCGCUUAUCCGAGUAGGCUAUUUACAUUCGCUAAGAGGGGGCAAGACUUUUUUUCUACAUUUCCAACUCCAAAGUGCUGAACGGGAUUUUCCACAGAAAGUGAGUAGCGUAAGGGGUGAAGAUAUACCGUAUGUGCUGGGUUUACCUCUUGUUGGAGGUGGCGCAUACUUUCCUUCUAAUUACUCCCAAGUCGACACCUACGUAUCACGACUACUAAUUGGAUACAUAAGCAACUUCGCCAGAGUUGGAGAUCCAAAUGGAGUUCGCAAGAAUGAGAAAAAAACUGGUAAUGAUCAUUUGAACCUAAAAUCUGCAGAGUCAGAAGAAACCACGCCCUUCUGGGAUACUUACGACACCAUUAAUCAAUUGUAUCUGGAAUUAGGUCGAAGGCCAGAAAUAAGAAGUCACUAUAGAGGCCAUAAAAUGUCACUGUGGUUAAAUCUGAUACCUCAACUACACAGACCUGGAGUUGGAGACGAUACCUCAAUGAGGCACCAUCAUUUUCAAGAAGAGGGUGACCAAUAUUAUGACGGAUUCGUUAGACCACAAUCUAUGCAGAAACCAUCAAUUUUCAAUACCAUUCUUUUUCCUCCUUCUACCAAAGCUACAACAACUACUACACCACUUCCUCCAAAAUCUGAUACCGCCCUUCAAGCCAUGACUACCGAAUGUCCACCAAACACAACGUUAUCUACACCUGUUACAAAAAUAUCCAGCAAUAAUCUCUUAAAAAAAUUGGCAUCUAGUCAUUAUCAAAGUUAUACAACGGCAUUAACAGUUACAAUAACGGUUGGCUGUUUUCUUUUACUAUUAAACAUAUUAAUUUUUGCCGGUAUAUAUCACCAACGCGAUCGAAGUAAAAAGAAAGAAAAAAAGAAGCAAGAAGAAUUGAUGGAAACUGGAAACUGUAGCAGUUCUUCCGAAGAAUGUUUUGACGCUAAAUCACAAAUUUACGAAUUACAGAAAGCUCAUUAUGACUCCUGCAAGAGAUCAGACGACUUAUCGAAAUCAAAUGCAAUUAACAAAAGUUACCAGUUCGGUUUCAUAAGUGCAGAUAUUAGACACGAGAAGAAGACUCCAGACGUGGCCGAAGUUCGCUUGCAAGAUCUGAAAUCUUCGCCUGGCGCCGGAAAAAAGUUCGACACAAAUUCCUCCGAGAUGCAAAGGCAUUCAACUAGUAACAGUCCUAAUAUUCCGGAACCACCCCCACCACCAAAAAAUCAACCGCCUGUAACGAACGAAUGCAGCUCAAAUCAAGCGGGAAUUUUAAGAGCACACGGUGUACCAAUAACCCCCAGUUCCACAAAGAAACGAGUACAAAUACAAGAGAUAUCCGUAUGAGACCAUUUGAUCCUUACUAUAUGUUGUUUGUGUAAAUACAGUACAAACGUGUUACUUCUUUUAUUUUGCUCGUAUUUUCGCGACUGAGUCAUGGAAUUGUUCUGUGAUUGAUAUUAUUAACAAUUGUAUUAUUUACAGGUGAUAAUAACUUUUUGCUAGUACAUACAGAGCUGGACAGGGUCGAAAUUUUCAGGAUCUCUGUGUGUAGUUAAAAAAUGAGCACAAAAUCAAAAUAAAAUCCAAUACUUACUAACAGUUUGGCUAAAAUGAGCAAACAAUCAAAUCAAUAAUGUACAGACACAUCGCCGAUCGCCGUAAGCAACCACUGCAAUUGUUCCAUACAUACAAUUACCAUUGCAGUGGGUAAUGUAGCUCUAAAAGUCAUCAAUUUCUAACUGAAUCAGCGUUAUCCUCACUAGUAUCACUACAUCUUCUUCAAACUGCCACGGUCCAGCUCUGUCGUUAUAAUUAACAUAAUUAUUUAUUUUUAUUACAGUACAUGUUCCACUUGUAUACUUAAUAAUCCUAAUAGAUAACAUUAUAAUGGCUUGCAUUUUAAAGCAAAAAGUUACUUAAGUGAAUUGUUAAGGAAUUUAAAAGUAAAAGGAUAUUGAAGUUAAAAGAACAUUUUACAAGGAUCUGUCAGUACAUAAUAAUUGCGCAGACCACAUAAUAACUGAGAAAACGGAUAAGUAAGUGUGUAACAUACUGUAUAUAAUUUUUUAACAAUUAGUAUGAUAAUGAAUUUUUUAACCUAUUGUUGGCGAGAACGUCAAUAAAAAUGCGACAAUCAGCAUUUCGUAGACGAUUGCUUUUUGUUUCUUUAAGUGAUCGUAGUUAGCAAAAAUUUCAAAUACAAACUUAUAUAAGGUAACUAAAAAUAAAUAGUUUGUUUUAUAUUUGAAAUACACACAUAUACAGGGUGCUCAUUAACUAUAAGAAUAUUAAGAAAUAUAAUAUAUCGAUUAAUUCAGAUUAAUUUUGCAUCCGAUUGUAAAAAACUAUCAGGUGUUCCUUUUAAAAUACAAUAGUUAUUGCAGUGUGAAGUUUCUGAUUUUGAAAGUCUUUUUUUGAACACCCUUUAUAAACAUUGAUAAAAAUAAUAUUGGGAUCAAAGAUCAUCAAGUAAUUGAGUUACGGUAAAAAUUGGUACAUUUUUGAUUGUCAAAGUCAUCUUUCAGAACUUAUUUUAAAAAAAAAAAUGAAUUUUGAAUAAGAUCAUGCUAUAAAACUAACGGUUAAAUACACGAAGAAUUUCCAUGUGCUUCAAAAUGAAAGAUAUUUUUAAAAUGUUGAUUAGAUAUCUUAUAAUUACUUUUUCGCGAAUCUCUAAUAGGCCACUGAUAUUGGAUCACCCUGUAUAUGUAAGAAAAUUUGUUAAAGAAUUCGCAAAGUAUAAAAUUAUAUAGGGAUUAUUCUCGUAAUAGGGUCCAUUUUAUGUUCCUCGAUAUAUUUAAUUGUGAACCUAGAAAUAUGGAACCUUAUAGGUUCUUAAACGGUUCUCGCCAAUAAUAUCCAUGUAAAUUAUCAAAAAAUACUGGUAGAAAAACUGCGAGUCCAACUAAGUUAAGCAAAAUGAUGUGUUACUA